ACUUGAAAAUCCUGAUACCUCUAGGAGGUGGUGUCACUCCCCUCCCUCUCUCCACCCUGAGGUCGAGUGUAUAAAAGUGGAAGAAAAUCACACUUGCUGCACAUCACUCAUUUUGCUCUGCCUGCAGUCUGACUGGACCUUCAACCCUAAUCAUGAGUAAGAACUACUUGUCCAAGAAUGAUGAACUCCGCAAGGGAGACUUUCUGAUCUCCAACAACAGGGAGUGGAAGGCCGUCUUCCAGGAGGAUGGUAACUUUGUCAUCUAUGGCUGGAAGCCUUUUUGGGCUUCAGAUACUUCCGGAUCAGACGGAAUGCGCGUGUGUAUGCAGGAGGAUUGCAACCUGGUCAUGUACAACAAGAGCGAUCAACCCAAGUGGCACACAAACUCCUCCAAACCUAAAUCCAACAUGUGCCGCCUUCGACUGACCGAUGACGGAAAACUGGUGGUCAGCAGGGAAAGUGAGGAGCUCUGGAACUCCGAUAAAAACAAAGGCAUGAAGUGAUUCAUUGUGAACGUUACACUUUGUGAUAAUCUUGAGUUACCAGUAAACCUUCCUACUGUAUAAUCUGUGACAAAUAAAUACUAUUUGUCACAAAGCAGGAA